CACGCGACGCCAUUGUGGCCCAAAUUUGUGCAAACUUGACGUGUUGUUAUUGGGUGUGUCAAGAGGGUUACAGAUCAGUCAUUUGUAAACAUGGCGAUAGAAGCCUGGUACAUGGACAACUCUGACGAAGACCAGAGAAAGCCGCACAAGCUCGAUCCGAAUCGAGCCGUAUCGUUGGAGGACUUACAACAGCUUGGCGUUUUUCACUGGAAGCUGAAUGCUGACAUCUAUGAAACAGACCCAGAACUGCAGCGUAUCAGGAACGAGCGAGGUUACUCCUUCAUGGACAUCAUCACCAUUGAGAAGAACACACUGCCAAACUAUGAGGAGAAGUUAAAAAUGUUCUUUGAGGAACAUUUGCAUUUGGAUGAUGAGAUCCGCUACAUCCUUGAUGGCCAGGCUUACUUUGACAUCAGGGACAAAGAGGACCGCUGGAUAAGAAUUGCCAUGGGGAAGGGUGACCUCAUUACCCUGCCAGCGGGCAUCUACCACCGCUUCACCUUGGACGAGUUGAAUUAUACUAAGGCCAUGAGGCUGUUUAUUGGGGAGCCAGUGUGGAAAGCCUACAACAGGCCAGCGGAUGACUACGAGAUACGAAAGAAAUAUAUGGCUUCGUUGCAGGAAUCCUGAACAAAAACAUUUUUGUUUUUAAUUGGCUGUUCUCAUCAGCACCCUUUUUUGUUUUGUCAUGAGUGUGAGCUAUGCUAGCCCAAAAGUCAAACACACUUUUAAGAUUGUAAUUAUAAAUCAUUUAAUUCAAUGAAUGACAACCAUUUUCCACCUUGACAUCUAUUUGUCAAUACAUUUACGCAUUUAUAUACACACAUACACAUUAUGGAUAUAAAGUCUACACACCCCUCUGUUCAAAUGCCCAUUUUUUUGUUAUAUAAAAAAAAAAAAGGCAAAUCAUUUCAAAAUUUCAUAGGUCACAAUGGUGACAUUGUUAUUUCUUGAGGCUUUUUAUUAAUUAUUAAAAAUCAUUUUUAAUGAUCUAUUCUGAUGUCAUUUUUAUUCAUAUUGAGGCAUCACAAAAACCCAAAUAGGGUUUUGAGACUUUCAAUAUCCACCAUAUGUAUGAGUGCACAAAUGGACACGCACACAGUGGGGCCCUUUGUUGUUUUCAGGGGAAAUAAUGCAAUUGCAGUGGUUUAUGUAUAUUGUCUGAGUUAAUAAACUCAUUCAAAAAGCUUCA